GCAUGAUUCGUUUGAGGCAGUAUGAAGAAAGCUCACAAUGUUUACCUUGUAUGUCAGUUUCUUAACUGUUCUUGUUGCCAUUCCUUCUCGAGACUCACAGAAGGUAUUAAGCAGCUUGUAGAGGGAUUAAAACUUGGCCAUAAGGGAAAGGAGACUUUUGGACUCUUUGUAAUUUGGUGAUCUGGCCAUCCGGCCCACAAGGAAAUAUUCUCUAUGGCAACAUCCCAUUCCACCAAAGAGACUACUAAUUACGCCCGAUUAUGCCGGCUUCUGGUGGAUGUCAGUGCACACGUCCUGAGAGAGACAUUUGACAAGAAGCGUCCAUCAGGAAAUCUGCUUACAGUUUUGUUAAGUCCUCCAGUUCGCAAUGCUUUACAACUACUUAGGAAAAAAAAGGUUUUGAACCCAUCACAAUGGGGCAAAUUGUAUCCUGCUAUCACAUCGUCAGUCUCAUCAAAAAAUUUUGAUAUCACCCUGCUAAUGGUUCUACUGAGGAACAUUUGUAGCCUUGUUCCCCCGGCAACCGGCUGGGAUACGCUUCCUCCUGAAGCGGACACAACCCUCGAGGCAGAUAUCGUUCGUAUCAAGUGCUACAGAAACACAGUUUAUGGUCAUGCCACAGAGGCCUCAGUUAAUGACACGACAUUUAAUCAAUACUGGAAGGACAUCCAAGAUGCAUUGGUGAGACUGGGAGGAGCAGAACACCAAGGUGUUAUCGAGGACCUGAAAAACGAAUGCAUGGACCCUGAAAUUGAAGAACAUUACAUAGAGCUGCUCAAGCAAUGGGAAAAGGAUGAGGUCAGCAUCAAGGAUGAAAUUGGAAAGAUCUUCAGGAAGCUGGAUGAACGGAGAGAAUCCACAUCAAAUCCUGAAAAGAAAAUAGGAGUCGAAGAUGUAGCAGCAUACACAAAUGCAUUGAAAGAAUCAAUCAAAAGCCAAACUGAAUUCCACACUGUAGCUUCUCCCACCUCGUCUAAGGUAAGAACGGAUGACAUAUUCACAAGUAUUCUCAUUCAACACGGACGAAAACCAGUAGAAGACCGUGAUAUGGAAAGAGAGGAACGCCUUCAUCACUACAGUCAAGUUAGUGGGAAACCAGUCGAACACUGUCAAGAAAUUUUCACCUCUGAUACCGAUCUUAGUGAGGAAAGGAAUCCCAAAUCUGUUCUCGUUACUGGGAAAGCGGGAAUUGGAAAAACGCUGUUUUGUCAAAAGUUAAUUCGAGAUUGGGCUGACAACAAGCUGUUUCUAUCACGAGCAAAUUUGCGCACUCUCGAUUUCAAGUUCGCUUAUCUGCUAACAUUUCGUCAAUUGAAUUUACUCGGAAACGACUGCAUUACCCUGAGGGAAAUCUUAAAUAGAUCCUCAGCAAUAGACGACCGCGCCAAUAUCGACGACUCUUUAUUCGAGUACAUUGUUGAUCACUCCGAGGAAGUUUUGAUUAUCAUCGACGGGUAUGACGAGUACGCACAACAACAUUUCAUCGCGAGUGAAUUAGAUGACCGGCAUUCGAAUGACGUUCAUGAGAAAAUGCCAGUAGCAGCUCUGUGUGCCAAGCUACUAAAAGGAAAAAUUUUGAACGGCUCGGUUGUCAUGAUAACGUCAAGGCCCGAUGAGUCUGAUGAAAUCAAACACAAAAUUGGUUUUGACCGAUGCGUGGAAAUAACAGGAUUUUCCGAGGAACAGGUGAAAGAAUUCAUCGAGAGGUAUUUCCAAAAAAAUGAAGUCAUAAAGAAUGCUGUAAUAGAUCACAUCACAAAGAAUGACAAUCUUGUCAGCUUUGCCCACAUUCCAGUUCUCUGCUUUCUGAUGUGUUCUUAUUUUGAGCAUAUUUUAACGAAAUCGAUAAGUACUGACGCUCUCCCGGUCAAUAUGAGUGACAUUUAUUAUGAAGUGGUUGAGAUGUUUUUGAAAAAACAUAGCAAAAAGAGAGGAAAGCCCCUCAAAGUAACACUGGAGAAGUUGUCUAAGUUGGCAGCCAAUUUUCUCAGAGAAAAUAAGUUUGUCUUGGCUGACGAAGACAUAAAGGACUUUACUGACAAAGAAGUCGAAAGUCUGAGAACAAGUGGCCUCCUUCACUGCGGUCCUACUUUUAGAAAAACAUUUUCUGAAACGACGAAGUACUUUUGCUUCACACAUUUAACUCUCCAGGAAUACUUAGCGGCUAAAUGGUACGUGGAGAGCAAAGAGAUCCCCUCCCUUGGAGACGUGUCAGAAAUGGUAUUCAUAUUCAUGUCCGGAAUCUUAUCAAAGCAAAACGACAAAGCUUUAAUGCAAACGUUGAUUGACAGACUCAAUCCGAAGCCCUCGAGAAACCUACUAACUUUAAAGUGUCUCACAGAGUAUCAAGACAUAAAAUUUGCCCAAGGGAUAGUAAAGAGAUACUACGAUGAAAUCUGGCACCAGGAUGGAAACAUAAGUUUUGGAGGAGUUUUGGAGGUGGACUGUAUUGCUGUGUCUUUUCUGUUACAUGUCAUCAAUUCAUUGAAUGUUGCAGUACCUGCUCGAAAGAAUCAAACAUCCCUUCAACAGACACGUAUACCGUUAGUCCAACGGCUGAAUCCCUUUAAGAGCACAUUUUACCGAAAUAACUCAAUAAUGGCUAAACGGUUAACGAUUAUGGAUGGUCGUCUAUCUCAGACUGGACUCAGAGGAAUCUGUAGGGCCCUUGAGAAUAAGUCUUGUUCCAUUACUGAACUAGUCCUAAUUAAGAGUCAGAUCACCAAUGCUGGUGUUGUCACUUUAUGUGAAACAUUACAGACAGUAACACGUGGAGUCACCACAUUAAACCUAAGUGGAAAUUCCAUCACCAACAAGGGUGUUGCCAGUCUAUCAAUAGCAUUACAGACAGCAUGUCGAGUCACUACAUUAGAUCUCAGUGAGAAUUGGAUCCAUGAUGACGGUGUUGACAGUCUAUGUCAAGCAUUACAGAAAGCAACAUGUCAAGUCACCACGUUACAUCUGAGUGGUAAUCAGAUCACCGAUGCUGGUGUUUACACGCUAUGUCAAGCAUUGCAGACAGCAACUUGUCGAGUCACCACAUUACAUUUGAGUGGUAGCCGCAUCACUAAUGCUGGUGUCGUCAGUCUAAGUCAAGUAUUAGAGAUAUCAACGUGUCGAGUCACCACAUUACAUCUGGGCGGUUAUUGGAUCACCGAUGCUGGUUUCGUCCGGCUAUGUCAAGCAUUACAGACAGCAACAUGUCAAGUCACCACAUUACAUCUGAGUAGUAGUCGGAUCACCAAUGCUGGUGUUGACAGUUUAUGUCAAGCAUUACAGACAGCAACAUGUCAAGUCACCACAUUACAUCUGAGUGGUAGUCGGAUCACCGAUGCUGGUGUUGUCAGUUUAUGUCAAGCAUUACAGACAGCAACAUGUCAAGUUACCACAUUAGAUCUGAGUGGUAAUGAGAUCGCCGAAGCUGGUGUUGUCAGUCUAUGUCAAGCAUUACAAACAGCAACAAGUCAAGUCAGAUCUUUAAACCUGGAGCGAAAUUUUAUGAUCACCAAUGCCGGUGGGAGGCUCCUUAAUGAUCUGUUGAAGAAACUCCCGAAUCUUGACUUGAGGUGGUGACACUACUUGAUGUAGUGACAUACUAGAAGUACAACAUCCUUCAUUUACAAGCAUUACAAGGUCAUUAAACUUGGAAGGACAUGUCAUGCUGAACAAGGCCAUUGCGAGGCUCUUCAGUAAACUGUCAACAUCAGUUGUUUAAGUAACUGAAAAAAUGAGAAAACCGUUCAAAUGAAGUUUAAAUUGAAAUUUAUCAUGUACUUUCGAAUCAAGCUUUUUACUGGCUCUAAAUAUUUAAUCAGAGUUUUUCUUUUUUUUUUAAACCAACCCGGUACAAUUUACCGAGAAAUGUUUUGUUUAAGUGAAGUGUUCGCUU